AUCCACCUGUGACUUGAGUCAUUGUGCCAGCCAUGGAGAUGCUGGUUUCAGUGGCAAGCCGCAGCAAUACAGUGAUGGGUGGAACAAACAGAGCCCUGAAGUAAGAAGGGCCUUGCUUGGCCUUCUAAGAUGCUACUGCUAGGGGUCUUAGGCACAGUCUUUGGACUGCUCUUGUCCAGAAGUCGUGAGGUGGCCGACCUGGCCAGCAGCAUCUUCGGGUCCUUCGUGGCUGUCACCGGUGAUGCCCACCAGGCCAAGGUGGCCCAGGACAUCUUCCGGCAGCAGGUGAGGUAUGAACGCUCCAUUCAAAUUCGCGAAGACAUGCGCGACGUGAACAAGCUGAUGAUGGAAAGCGUUCAGACACACGUCAUCAUGGGAAGCAUCAUCCUGGGUGUUUGCUGGAACAUGUGCAUAGAGGGCUUUCCGCCAGAGGAGUCGGAGCGCACGGUGGUGGGCCUUUGGCUGAUCUUCACCUGUUGGGCCGUGACCUUCACCCUGAUUGCCCUAUGGUUGGCGCUCCGCUUCCAGAUGAAAAUGUCUUCCAGUGCUCGCGACCGACUGCUGAGACGCCACAGGCUGAUGGUUCCAGACGACCUGGUGGUGGGCCGCAUGGGUGGUCACAAUGUGGUGAACCACGUGGCCAAUUUUCAUAGCUGGAUGCUUUCGACCAUCAACCGCGCCACGGCCACGGAGCCCAAAGAGGAGGAGGAGAUCAUCCGCUCCAAGCGUCGGCACCACAACCUGCGGGUGCAGGUAGAGCCCCUGGACCUGACGAAGCCGCUGGAUGUCGAGCCCCUGCGGAAAGGCAUGCACGCGUGGUUGCAUUCGGAAGAGGAAAACAGCUGGUCGCAUCACACGCUGCUUGAUAUCCCUUUCUUCCUGACGGGUGAGACCUUGAUUCGCAGCCCCUGGAACUUCAACGGGGACCGCAUCAUGGCACUGCGCGUCUAUGGGGCCUCCACACUCUACGUGGCGGCGCAGUGUCCGCCACUGGGCACUGCGAAGAAGGAGCAAAAAAGCAGCCAUGGAUUGCGGAAGGCUUUGUGGCUGGCAGGGCAGGUUCCUGAUUGGCCCGCAGAUGAGUUGCCUCAAGCCUUCCAUGGAUUUCAUGAAGACUGGGGGGGUGAGAGCGGUUAUGGCGAGUUUCGCCGCGUGGAGGGGUUUUCAAUGUACGUGGAUCGCAAUGACAUCGAGAUGCCGCUGUACAAGCUGGUGCUGGCCGACCCAAAACACAGUGACUUUGUGGACGUGGUGAUCCGCUGGAAUUUCAAGGCAGGCUGUGAAGCCCUGGUGGUGGUGGCCCGGAAGGGUCAGGUGCAUUGCAAGGAGGAGGACUGGCCCCUGGCGGAAUUCAACGCCGAGGUGAAGGAGGUGCUGAACUUGCGCCGUUACUCAGGGCUUUUCCUGAGGUAG